CAAACUUCGUCUUUCGAUACUUCGCAAUAUCGUUAUUGGUUGCCGUGAUUGCCUGCGUCGCUCCCUCUUUUUCUUUUUCUGUUCACAUAUAUUAUACCACGCACAGCAUGAGCAAGCGCGCAGCGAAGGCCUCGGCCAGCAGUGCGCGUGCUGCUUCGACGUUCGGCAGCACCCCCGCGUUUGGUGGGAGCUUCGGAGGCAGCGCGUCGCAACUCUCUUAUGUCGCAGAGCCGCCCAACCUCUCUGCAAUAACAGACCCCAAUGUCGUGGUUUAUUUCCGAAACCUGUCGAAAAAGGACAGUACCACGAAAGCGAAGGCGCUUGAAGAUUUGCAGGCACACAUUGGGGCGUUGCAGGAGCCGGUUGAGGAGGGUGUGUUGGAAGCAUGGGUCAGUAUCACUGUGUAUCCGCGCACCUCGAUAGAUAAUGCCAAGGCUGUUCGGCAGCUGUCCCAUACCGUCCAUGGCCUCAUGGCCGCAUCCGCCGGCAAGCGCAUUGCCCGACAUAUGCCAAAGAGCGUCGCUGCAUGGCUGUGCGGCCUUUACGACGGCGAUCGCGCCGUCGUUGAAGCAACACAGAACUCACUGCGCCAGGUCUUCGUCACACCCGAGAAAAUCCAGAACAUCCGCAAAGCCUACCAGCAGCCCGUCCUCGAGUACUGCCGCGACGCAGUCGAUAAGGAAAGCGUCACUACCCUCAGUGACGAGCGCACCGUCAGCGCAGAUGAUGCACAGGCGAAGUACAGCAGGGUUAUCUCAGCAUGUAUAGCACUGCUAGGGAGUUUGUUGAACAACUUGGCACCGGAGGAACUGGCGAAGUUUCAAGGCGACUACGACACCUUGUUAGGGGAUAAGAAACUAUGGGACUUUGCGUCGCAUGCAGACGUCUCGAUUCGGCGCUCGCUGCACCGUUUGCUGAAGACUUGCUUGACGAAGCAGUCUCAGGCAGCUAGUACGAACUUGGAGACCAUCAGCAAGGCUUAUCUCUCAGUAGCACUCAACUCUGACCAGACUGGCUCCGCGUACGAUUACCUCGAAGCUCUGAUCCAGCUGACGACGGCAUACCCGACCGUGUGGACCGAACAUUACAAAAGCAAGACAUCGGUUGACAGACGGUUACGACAGUUUCUGAAAAAGGGCUCGCAAUUUGGUCCUCAGGACUAUUGGAGCCGUUUGGUUGAUCUGAUCAAGGCAAUACCAACAUCAAUUCUUCCCAACAACGCACCUGAUGCGGUAGAGCUUCUCAAUGCUCUCCAGGCUGGCAUCACAAGCAAGAACGAGCCCAAAUAUAGCCAGGAGGCUUCAUACACUGCAUAUUUCAAGAUCCUAGCUUUGGUGAACGCACGGCUGUCGGCUGAUCAUCAGGAGGCGUUUGUGCAGGAGAUGGUGUUACCCCUCAUGAGCCAGUACCUGCGGCCUUCGGUAGAAACAUCGCAAUGGAACAUACCAUCCAAUGCGGGCAAUCUUCUCGCUCGAGCCUUGGCGGUUGAUGGUGUAACUAUGGCGCUUUCGAAGCAGUGGCCACAGUACGCCCAGAAACUCAUUGAAGACAUUCAAACGUCUGCACCUGCGCAAUCGAAAGAUUUUGAGAAAUCCCAGACAGCCGUGCUUCAACACGGUACGCAUUACGCAAUGCUACAAGAGCAGGUUCUCCAGGUCAAGAUCGAAGCAGGACUCUCGCAGGCCGUCAAAGAUGCCGAGACCGCAAUCAUCACGGAAGCCUUGAAUGUUGUGAAGAACAGGAACGGAAAACCAUUCGGCGCUGCUGCUACGAUUGCUGCACUCUUGUCUCGUAGCAAGGACUUAAUCAGCGGCACGAUUGGACAGCAACUUGAACAGUUCAUCCAAGAUGACCUACCAACGAUCAUUCUAUCGCCAUCAUCCACCUAUCUCGUGGAGAUUAUGUACUCCUUCUCCGAAUCUUCGAUUUUCAAGGGCGCCUGGAGUGCUUCGCUGAAAACGGUCCUGAACGCGGAUGAUUCCACAGUCAAGACAAAGGCGCUCGAGGCACUGCUCACAUCAUCUAAAAUCCCAGCGUCCUUCGACUUGGCUAGCUCUGAUGCCGAGCUGCAGAGUUUUGUCAAGUCAAAUGUGCACGAAGCUGUUGCGGGCUCAUCGGAGUGGGACUCGUUCGCGCGCAUCCUACAAUCCCAAGCCAAGAUUCUUGCUCCAGAGACAACGGAUGACGUUCUUGCAUAUCUGACUCAAUCACUGUCAAUUUCAGAGCUUGCAUCUCACUCAUUGCAAGGUUUGCGUCAGAUUGUCAAGUCGAAUCCAUCCAUGCUACGAGAGUUUGCAGCCACACCGAAAGGUGGAGAGCUUCUACAAGCCUUACUGCGCGCUUCUGAAUCCCCCAAUGAUGAGACCGCACAAGGUGCAGCUACAGUCAGUGCAUCUAUACGAACGAUUCUGGCGUCUGAUGCUGGCACUCAAAACUCUAUGUACGAUCUCAUCCAUCAGGGGUUACGUGAGGCAUCGCCGUCUUCAGUCUCGGUGGAGACACUGGUAGAAUUGGCUGAAAAGUCUCUGAAGCCUGCCCAGACAUGGGAAGAGAAUUCAAAUCUGUUUCCUAGCGCUGAAGACUGGAAUGCUGCUCUUGCUCCGUUCUUGGCAUCUGUGCCCAAGUCUGCACUUGCCAUUGCCAACACACUCAAUGGGGCUACUUACUUGGUGGAGCCAGCCGUUACGUCUGCUGAUAUUAAAAAGAUGAGCCGGGACGCAGACGGCUACUCGGCAGCGUAUCGCAUUGCGCAAUACGUGGCAAGGAUCUCGAGGAUUCCACACUUCAGGGUGCAGAUUGCUCCUGUCGAAGUGCGGGACCUCUACUUACGCAACCUUGCUCUCACUGUGCAGCUCGUUGAUGACAACGUUAGUCUUGCUGGAGCCAAUGGCUUCUGGACGGAUUACAAUAACGACACUGAGAAUGAUGCCAUGUCCUUCAAGUCGGAUGCUUCCGCUUUCAUCGCGCAAGAACUCACGGGUGAAGGCGGUUCUGUUUCGUCAUUAGCGCGGAAUUCUAGCGAUGAGAACUCGUUGUUGAGUUGGGCACAGGACGUGCUUGGCCAGAUCCCGACCAGCACCUCUACUGAGGCCUAUUAUGCUGCCCGUGCCUGCAGCUCUAUGGUAUCGACUGCAAUUGCAUUCCACGGCUGGAAGAGCUCAUGGACUGCACGGGUGCAGGAAGCAGUCAAAACUAUCAGGAAGAACAAACAAGUCCUCCCUCUUCUCGCUUAUCUGGCUGCAUUCGAAGAGCCACUCGCGGCGUCAAAGUCUUGUGAGCGUCUAUGCAACGAGCUCAUCGCUGAUCUGACAGGCCUUGAUAUCGUCCAGAAACCACAAGAGGGAUUGAACCAGCUCGUCACUCUGAAUGCGGUCCUUGUCCAAGAUGGCAUCACAGAGAGCAUCGCUAAGCAGCGACUGGUGUUCUUCGUCAAACACGUUGUGACAUGGCUAGAUCCGGCCAAUGGUUCGGUAGAGGUCAGAGCAGAGGUCUGCCGUGCACUGACGGCCUUGCUUCCGUUGAUGAGUGACAUGUAUGGCGAGCAUUGGGCUGACAUCUUGAACGCGCUCUCAACAGCCUGGUCAAACACAAGUGAGCUGCAGACUACUGAAGUUGCAGCGAGCAGCCCCAUCCCAUUUACACAUGCCUCACUCAAGUUGUAUGAACAACUACGUAGGCUUGCAGAGAAGGAGGAUCCCAACGACGAUCUUGUUGAGGUAUGGAAGGAGAACGAGCAGUCAGUUGCCGCAGGGCUGGUAAACCUACUCAAGCACUCGCAACACUUCCCGGACGAAUUCCACCAACCUUUAAAGAUGGUCAACGAGGUCCUAGCACGUCAGAUUGCAAAGGUGCCAUCACAGCAUCUGGACUCUGCCGAGGAGCUUUAUCCACUGCUAUAUGUUGAGUCGCAACCUGUUCAACAGACUGCUUUCGAGAUUCUGCACAAGCAGAUACCUGCCGCGCAGGAACAGAUUUCCAUUGACGCUGCGCUAUCGAAGACCACGGCUCGCUUGCCAGAAGAAUUACUUUCGUUGAUCAUCGAGGCACCAACAGUAGCAGCACUAGCUGAUGUGAACUUCGAUCGCAGCGUUCCGUUGCCCUUGAGAGGUUACUUGCUGAGCUGGUUGCUUGUCUUCGACCAUCUCGAACAUGCAUCUUUCAAAGUUAAAAACGACUACAUCGAACACAUCAAGGAAGGCGAGCAUCUCCCAGGCCUGCUUGACUUCACAUUCGAUUUCCUUGGCCACGCGCACAACAAGCCUGUAGAUGUGUCCAAACUUGAUGUUACAACCUACACUCCUGACGCUGAGGCUCCAAAGCAGGACAUUCAGUGGCUUCUCACCAACCUCUACUACCUCACCCUUCUUCACACUCCAUCUCUGACGAAGUCGUGGUUCAACGCUCUGACUAGCAAAUCCCGUGCCAUCGCUGUUGCCCUCGAACCUUGGACCGAAAGGUUUAUCUCGCCACCCGUCAUCUCCGCUGCAUUAGAUAGCGUGACGGCUUGGGCAGGUACUGCGACAGACGACACAUUCGCAGUACGAGUUGCGCCACGCGCCCGCGAGAUCACCGCCAGCUAUGUGCUGGAUGAGCAAACAAUGUCGAUGCGCAUCAGCCUACCACCAGCCUUCCCAUUAUCAAACGCACAUAUCGAGGGCUUGAACCGUGUUGCGGUAAAUGAGCAAAAAUGGCAGUCGUGGCUCAGGACUUCACUCGGCGCAAUCACAAUCUUCAACGGCUCACUUAUUGAUGCUUUGUCGACCUGGAGGAGAAAUGUUGAAGGCGCACUCAAGGGCCAGACGGAGUGUGCCAUUUGCUAUAGCAUUGUGGGGCCGGAUAGGAAGGUGCCUGACAAGAGGUGUGGCACGUGCAAGAACGCGUUCCAUGGUGCUUGCUUGUUCAAGUGGUUUAAGAGCAGCGGCAGCUCGAGUUGUCCGCUCUGCAGGAACCCGUUCAACUACGGCUAGGUAUUGGUGUGAAUCAUACGUACGAGGGGCUAGAGGCUGGCGAUGUCGAUAGAUCAGAUAUAACAAUGACGACAAACCAAAACGUCUACGGUCAAAUCAUUGUGUGCUUUGCACU